AUGAAUAAGAAACAGACAAGCAGUGCCGAGGCCUUCCAUGGAGGCAGCUCUCAAUAUUACCCUCCCCAGCCUCUUUACCCGACCAACCAGUCUGCUAUGUAUGGCACAGUCAAUGGAAUUACCGGCAUGAACCAGCAGGGACAAAAUCCUGCUAUUCCUGUCCCUCAGGGCCAAUCCAACAUUGUUCCCGAUGGUGAUUAUUCAAGUGGACCUCCAAGCAAGAAGACAAAGACGACAACGAAGACGACAGGAUCGAAGGGGCCAAGAAUCAGUACAUCCUGCGAUCAGUGUAAAGACGCCAAUUCAUCCAAAUGUUUUGGUUGGCCCUGUGAACGCUGUGCAAAGGACAAAAAAACGUGCGAGCCAGCAAGCACCCAGCUGGGAUGCCAGAAGUGCCAGGAUGAGGGAGUCGACUGCAGUGGAUAUGGAAAGCAGUGCAAGAAUUGUGCUAGAAUUAACAAGGUAUGCACCUAUGGAGAGGUCAAAGCUCGGUUGGAGGGUAAAGCAAAAAAGCCUGAAGCCGUCCACAUUAUUGCCGCUGCCCUCCGCAACAACCCUGCCAUCGAGGAGAUGAUUUUCAAAGAACUAGAAAACGGAAAAGUGGCGGGUACAGGUCUUACCAUUCUGGAACAUCUAGCUCAACGAGAUCCAGCACGCCAGGCCGAACUCAAGAAAUCAUGGAACACUGGUAGAAUACAGCAGCUUGUGAACAGCAAAUGCGAUGGGACUCAAACUCACCAGGAUGUGUCUGAUCAGACCCCUGCUGAGUCGAAUACAAUGCUCUCUACUGCGGUGCAGACUGCUCCAGCUCAUUCCGGUGGCUUUAUGGCAUCCAAUAUCGAAGCCGCAGUUGGUGGUGUUGGUGAUAUGGGUGGUACUGCAGCAACCUUUCCUGAUGAUUCUCAACGUGAUCAUCUUGGUCAUCAUCCGAAUCUCCCCCAUCAUGCUAUUCACAAUAACAAUGACGCCAACCCUUAUGGUACAAUUGCGAAUGCCUAUCCUGGAGCCAGUGCUAUUAGCGCGUCUCCUUACGACCCUAUGACUGAAGGUUAUAACGCCCAAUAUGAUGCUUCCACUGAGGCUCCUCAAGAUGAUCUUGCCGGUACCCACAAUGAUUAUCUUAUCAAUAGACCUCCCGGACAUGAUAUAGAGGAGCGACUUCGUGCUGGUUUGAUAGAAUAUGAUAAUGAAACUAGUGCCAACGCAAACCAUCUCGACAAUCCUGCCGGUACCUAUAUUGGUAACCCUAUCGAACACCAACCCAACCCUGACCUCGAACACCCCCUCAGUGCUGCCGGAAACAGCUCUGGCUCCAUAUCGGAACACGAGGUCUCUUAUGAUCAGGGGCCUUUGACCGCAACCGAGGUCGAGCGCGUCGUCAGUCUCUUUAUGUCGCGUCACUAG